CUGCGCAGUGUCAACCAGACUCUCAUCCAUGCUCAACAAAGUGCUUCUUCCAUUCAUAUCUUGGUUGUAUAUUUUUGUUACUGAGGAGCAAGCCAGAGACAAGAGCCCAAGGACAGGCAAAUGUGAAGACUCAAUAGUUUUGUUACACAGACAAGAAAGCAGUGAUACCAGACAGUUUCCUCUUUUAACAGGUUGUGGUGUUCUGCGUUGUUAUAUGAACGUACAUGUGUGGCGUUCCUGUGCACUGUGAAUGUGACGCGUCUCCUAAAUGCUUGUCUGAACAAAGUCUAAAGAGACAGAGUCUAACAGGAUGAACUGAGGUAGGAUGUGACCUACUCAGCCUACCUCCAGAAUAUAAUGUCAAAGGGCAGAGGAAGAAUCUGGGAAGGAAGCAGGAAGCCGAUGUACUGGUUUAUUCUCGCUUACCUUCUCCUCUUGGCUUUGCCGUGCACGGGCUUCCUCCCCAACUUUUGGUCUCGAGUCUUAACGCUGUCCUGGGACUCGCACACGCACCAGUACAUCACGGAGCAGGCCAUCCUCAAUGUCACCCUGGAGACUCUGAAGGGCACAGAAAAACACCAGGGAAACCAGGCAGAGGAGCAGACCAGACUAGGCCGUGGCUUCUGGAGAGCUGUGGGAGAGGUGGUGAAGUCCAAUGCUGCCAUGGACUUCCUGAGCUCCACCAGGUCCGACCCUGUGUACCACUUUGAUUCAGAGCGUGUGGAAAGCGCCAUGGGGAUGUUGCGGCAGUUCUGGGCCCAGACCCUGCUCUCAGUACGGGCAAAAGAGUAUCAAAGUGCUCGUCACAGGCUGGGCCAGCUAUUUCACUCCCUGCAGGACUUCUACAGCCACAGUAAUUGGGUGGAAAUGGGCCAGCACUCCAUAUACCUCCACCUGCUGCAGCCAGAGGAGCCUGCAAUCCCUGUGGCAACAGACGACACACCUACCUGUAUGGAGUGCUUCAGCGUCACCUGUCGAAACAACCUCCUGCCAAGACUGACAAGCACACAACAAGACUCCCAGCUGCUCACCACUGGCUACUUCAGCACUUACCCUCCAAAACCUCAGGGUAAAUGUAGUCAUGGAGGCAUUCUGGACAGUAGUCGCUAUAUGGGAGCUAAAGGGGGUAUCAACAAAGACAGCACCUCACCUCUCUUCUCCCCUCACCAUUACCUCCAUGUCAAAGCUGCCACUUUGGCUACUGAGGCCACACUGACUGUACUGAGAGACCUCAGAGACACUGUGGGUCACAAGGCCUUCCUCCGACUCUUCAGUGUGAAGCAAGUCCCUGCAUUGGUAUUUGUCAUGGACACCACAGGCAGCAUGUUUGAGGAGAUCACUGCUGCUCGCCUCCGGGCACACUCCAUCAUCCAGAGCCGAGCCAACAGCCCUGGGCAGCCUGGCACCUUUUUACUUGUACCCUUCCAUGACCCAGAUGUAGGACCAGUGUAUGAGACCGACGACCCAAACCAGUUUAUGCAGCACAUGGAGAAUCUGAUGGCGUUGGGAGGAGGAGAUGAACCAGAGAUGUGCCUCUCUGCCAUUCAGCUGGCUCUCACUCACAGUCCACCACUGUCAGAGAUCUUUGUAUUCACUGAUGCGUCCCCUAAAGAUGCCCAUUUGUUUGAUGCUGUGAAGGCACUUGCUCUUGAGAAACAAAGCAAGCUGACGUUUCUCCUAACUGAAGACCCCAACUACACAACAGAGGUCAGAGGGAGAGGGAAGAGGAGGAGGAGGAGGAGUAGGGAACCUUUGUCCCCUGAUCGUUUCUCUCUCUACUCUUCCCUGUCCUCCCUGUCAGGAGGUUUGACCAUAUUCACCACCAACUCUGACAUCCACAAGGUCUCUACCAUAGUGGAGGAUAACACAGCUGCUGACAAGGUAACCCUUCUCCAUGUGGAGGUUGCCCAAGAGUUGAUGUCCUCUCAUUCCUUCAGAGUUGACAGCUCAGUAAAAAAUGUCACCCUACAUGUCACUGGCAUUCUGACAGAGUGUAUCCUUACCAGUCCUUCAGACCAAAGCCAGUCUCUGUUGAAUGAGCAAGGCUCCCUAGCAGAGUUGGAGCGCUUUCAGGGUUUGUACCGCAUCAGCCUGCUUCCUCCUAUACAGGCAGGCCAGUGGAAGGUCUACACCAAGAGUGAUGGACAGCUCACAUUCAAUGUAAUAGGUGACAGCAGUGUAGAUUUCCUGUAUUACUUUGCCACUGUAACCAAUGAGACACACCCAGGUCUGGCCAGAGUGGAGGGAAGUCCAGUAGCAGGUGUCCCUGCCUUUCUGGUGCUGGCUGUUACAGGCCUGGCUCCAGAUGAGGAGGCAUCUUUUAGUCACGUGACACUGCUUGGAGCUCAAGGGGAGACCCUCCAGCAGGUGAAGCUGAACUCCUCCUCCACUUCAUCAUCAGCCUACUCUGUGAACGAGCUGGUGGGGUGGGUGGACUCUGUUCCCAGAGCUCCGUUCUGUGUUCGACUUACAGGCCGAGACAGCAGAGGAAACAAGCUGGAGAGGGUUUCCACAGAGAUGGUGCAGCCCACUCAUGUUCAGUUACAGGUGUUGUCUGUGCCUCGCCUGGUGCCUGGCCACAGCACAGUGGUGGGUUUCAACAUCCUGAACCACGGCCCAGCCCGACUCUUCAAUCUGAGCAUUGAUGACGACUGUGGAUAUCUUCAUAAGAGAGGAUCUCCUAGGUACCAUAUUGCAGAGCAAGGGUCUUUCUAUGAUCAGGUGAACAUCCACACUCCUGCCACGGCUCAGGCAGGAGCAACUGUCACUCUUUCCCUCACUGUGCACGCUCUCGACUCAGCAGACUCAAAUUAUGCAGUUACCUAUUUGACCGUGGUUCCCCCGGAUCCUGACACAUCCCCACCAUCCUGCUCUGCUGCAGGGGGGCAGCCCACCUGUCCCUCAGUUUGCAAUGAGUCCAGCUGGAGUGUAUCUCUGGUUGUGUCAGACAGGGGGCGCUCUGGCCUUGCUGCCCUCCAGCUACGGAAGGGUGAGGGCAUUCUAACCUUAUUCCUAAGCCCUCCACCUACAGAGGACAGCAUGGGAGACACCCAGCAACAGGCACACAGGAGCAAGACAACCAGUGGAGGCCACCCCCACCAUCACCACCACAAAGCCAGAUUAGAGAAGGGAGACUCCCCGUUGAACGUAUCUGACUGGAUCUUGGAAUCAUCUCAGCCACUGUGGGUGAGGUAUACAUCCAGCUGCUGCUCUGCUCAGGCAGAGCUGCUGGUGUGGGAUACAGCAGGAAACAUGAAGCGCUGCCAUCUAACGCCUGGUCAGCAGCGGCAGCUAACAGACAGGAGCACAGAAACCAAUGGAAUUGGGCAGAUUACACUCUCAGGCGUCUUUUACCUGCUCUUAAGUCUGCUGUGGUCUCUGCUUUAGUUCAGUGUGUUUACAAAUGUUUUGCAGGUCAAACUAAUCUAUGUGUUGAUCACUGGAUUCCAGUAUUCCAGAAGAGGAGUUAAUCAAAGAUACAGAGCAUGCUGAGGACAGAAGUUGAAAAACAGAAAGUGCACUUAAUGCAAAGAAAUGUGUCUUUAAUGACUGCUGAUACUGUUUUCUACUGUAAUUCUUCAAGAAAGUGCACCAAAUAAAAGAAUGAAGAAUCUCAA